CGCGGGAACGCGCUCAGUUCACGCCGCGACGCUUUGCCGCCAACACGUCGGGCGCUUCCGGACCAACGCUGCCGGUGGUACCACCGACGACGACGACGGUUUUACCGCGUGUCCGCUCCCGUCGCGCCGCAUCAUUUCCGCGUUCCACCCUACCGCGACCGCGUCUUCUCGCGUUCGCGCCCCAACUGUUGGACCACCUCGUCGUGCACCGGUUUUUUUCCCGCGCACGAAAGCAUUUCCGAAAGCUACAUUUCUCCGUCUUUUUCCGGCGUCCCUCUCGUUGUUGACCGCGGUCACCGUUCACGUAUCCACGAACCGUACGCAACAUAAUAUCGGGAACACUACUACGCAGCGGGACCACCGUGGCCGGAACGCGGAGCUGGAUGCUACUGUCCGCACAGUGUUAACCGCUCGCCACGGCGGCGGCGGCGGCGAGUAAGACACACGCGACACACCGGCCGGCCGCUCGUCGCCAUUAUGCCGGCCGUGGCACGCGUGGCCGUGGUGCUGUGGCUGCUGUGUGCGGCCGCGGCGCAGUGCACCGGCAUCGGUAUCCGGCAUGGCCGGUCAAGAAACGCCAGGAAUCUGCGGCCCAACGGUCAGUCGCCGGCCAAGCUGACGUCCGCGGGUGACGGUGGUGGUGGUGGCGGCGUCGGUGGUGGUGGGUUGGACAACGACAUUGUCAACCGGUUGCUGCGGAUCGUCGAGUCGCAACAGCAGCUGGGCAACAACUGCACGGCCGGCACGCACCUGAACCUCGGCGAGGGUGUCGUCGACAGAUACGCGCAGGAACGGUUCCGAGUGGAAGCUGAUGUAGCGGUGAACAGGGCCAACAUGUUGACCAGAUUGUGGAAGUACGCGGGUCCCGAAGUCAUGAAUUCGGAGUACCUGCUGCACGCCGGCGUCAUAUCAAUGGUGGAGUUUGACGACGACAUAUUCGCGGCCGGCAACUGUUACGAUCAGCACCAGUACAAAGACUAUCAGCUGUUCUGCCCGUACGCGUACAGGUUGCCCAAGGGCGAGGGCAUCCUAGCCAAGGACCUGGCGGUCGAGUACAAGUACUUGACAAACACGAGCGAAUGGUUUUUCAUCGCCCGGAAGACCGCCGAGUCCGUGAUAAAACGCAACAGCCAGUACAAGCACGCAAUUAACACGUACACAUGGAAUCAAACGAGUCACACAAAAAGUUUCCCUGACGAUAUACUAGCGGUCUCGUAUGAAGAUGGUAAAUGGAGUAAACCAUAUUACGAUUGUGGUGGUGGUAACAUAUGGAUGCUCACAUAUACCGUACCAUUUUUUGCUUUCAAAGAUGGAAAGUACUUUUUUAAAGGCACAAGUGGAAUCGAUAUCGAUCUAAGGCGAGUAGAUAUUGAUCAGUGCAGUUUACCUGAAGGAAGUACAAAGUUGAAUAUUUUUGCUUCUUCGAAUAAAUGUAAAAAUGACACUACUCAAUGUGUCUCUCUGCCAGGGUUUGGAUUCCGUCGAGGAAGUUACAAAUGCGUGUGCCGUAAAGGGUAUUAUUUCCCGAACACCACAACCACUGAAAAGUCUUUCAAUGGUGUCGUAGUAGAAGAGGAGUACGAAAAACUCAUGUUGAAUAAACCUAAUACAUACAACGUCGAAAUAAAUUUUCAAUGUAAAAAAUGCGCAGAAGGUUGUGAUGAUUGCGUUGAUUUUAGCCCAUGCAUCGCUACCUACGACAUCAUUCUUAGAAUCACGAUAUUAUUGUUGACACUUUUGGUCAUUGGAUUUUUACCGAUGGUUGCUAUUCUUACGUACAAGUAUAGUAAUCUCAAGAUUGUCAAAGCCGCUAGUCCAGUGUUGUUGCAAAUUAUAGUCUUGGGAGCUUUUUUUAUGUACACAACGAUUAUCGUCAUGUACCCAACACCGAAUUUAAUAACGUGCACCGCGAGAUUUUGGCUUCGGGAAAUUGGAUUUUCCCUCACAUACGGCGCACUUAUGUUGAAAACUUGGAGGGUAUCUCAAGUGUUUAAAGUGAACUCUGCAAAGACUGUUCGCAUCACUGAUCAACAGUUAAUUAAACUUCUACUUUUAAUGAUUGCAUUUGUCACAGUAAUACUGUUCAUCAGGACCAUGGUUUCUCCACCACACACGAUUGUCGGUCGCACAGCAGACAAUCUUAAAACAGAUAUCUGUCCCACAGAUUGGUGGGAUCACUCUUUUUCUAUUUUGGAAGUUGUAUUCUUAAUUUGGGGUAUUCGUUUGUGUGUAAUGGUUCGGAAGACGCCAUCUGCAUUCAAUGAAAGUCGAUUCAUUUCAAUUGCGAUAUAUAACGAGUUUAUCAUGUCCGUGUUUCUUAACGUGUCAAUGAUAUUCUUAAAAUACCCAGCUAAUCCAGAUUUGCAAUACGUCAUAUUUUUUUGUCACGCUCAACUCACGGCUACUGUACUACUUUGUCUUCUAUUCGGUAGCAAGGCUUUAAUUAUUUACAAAGGUGAACAUAAGGUCGAAGAGACAUCUUCCCAUAAAAUGCCUACACAAAAGCUUAAGUUCAACAGCAAACAAAAACAAUCCGAUCCGUCGUACGAAAGUAUAAGCGAUAAUAAAGAAAGCUCCGAACUCCAGGAAAUGCGAACAUUAAGAACGAAUAUGGAAAAUCUUAUGGAAGAGUUCCUCAAAUGUGGUCCAGCUUAUUCGGAUUAUGUGUUAAAACUGCAGGCUAUGUUGGAAGUUAUGAAAAAUUUUAGGCUGGUUGAGAACGAAGAAUACCUGCAGAAAUUGGCAUUGAGCAAUGGUUGUACGGCCAAAGUGGACGGCGAUAAAGAUGAAUCAUGUGCAAAAAAAAACUAGGUCUUCAUUCCUGAUUUGUUAAAUAUGUUAUAAAUUGUUUUUUUUUUAUGUAAACACAUAAACGUAAUGGAAAUUUAUUGGCUCAAGUCCUUUAAUUACAAUGGAUAAUACUUGCAACGUCGCUUACUUUUUGGAACUUCCCUCAACACGUUGGUUCUGCCUGAAUCGGAAUUCGAUAAUAUCGCGGUUCGAUCGUAUAAUAUGUUUUUAUCGACAUUUAAUAUAAUAAUUAACUCGCUCAGAUUCCUAAGAGAGUUGGUCCGAAGCCAAUUGAUAGAGAAAGGGUUUGAAGAGAUUAUAUGAUCACAUGUAUAAUCCUUAACCGAUCGGAUACGAAAUGGUAUUAUUUUUCGUUAUCCGAACUGGCUACGAGACGAACACUCAUCGUAUGACUCCUCACAUGCUUUCAAUUUUUUUUUGUAGUUUAUUAUAAUAUUUCUGGUUUGAUUAAAAUAAUUAAUUUAAUAUUCGGUAUUACGUAUACCUAAAUAUUGUAAAAAAAUAUCUGGCAUUGACCGAUGCUAGUUACAGAAACGGAUUUAGAAAUAAAUUACUAAAUAAUGUAAUUUGUUAAACUAAAUAUUGUUUCUAGAAUAAUCGAAGUUAAGUUGUACUUAUUAUUAUUAACUAUUUCCAUGACAGCAGUAUUACAUUUUUAUUUCGCUAAAAACAUAUUUUUCUGGUUAAUACUUAGUUGACACGUUUUAAAUGAUUGUAUUAAAAAUAAAUACAUUGUCAUUUAGAUCUGAUGCAUUCAUAAGACAUGCUAUAACAGUAGUUAAUUAGUUAAGAAACAUGUCGUUAAUUUUUUUACGAUAUUGUAUAACAUUUUUAUGUUCAUUUUAUAUAAUAAGAUAGUAAAAUUGUAUAAUUAAA